GAAAAAAGUUUGACUUGACGUUUUCUUUCGGUUUCAUGUCGAUAGAACGCCCGACCAACGCCAACAUACUUGUUUUAGUUUAUUCGUGUUAUUUAGGUUUAGGGAUUGUUGUAUUUAAAUGCUCAAUUUAUUGGUAAUUAACGAUUAUGCCAUUAAUUAUAGUAUGAAAAUUAUUAGUUAGCGUUAUUUUUUUUAUACAAUUGCCUUCGAUAUUGUGCUCGAUGUUGAUCAAUAAUAUGAAUCCCGACUCCCUUACACAAAGGAACCCGCUGGUUUAUAUGGAUAUUUCUAUUGACGGAGAGCAAGCUGGCCGAAUUGUAAUUAAGUUAAGAAAUGAUAUUGUGCCUAAGACAGCGGAAAAUUUUCGGGCGUUGUGCACAGGCGAGAAAGGGGUGGGUAGUAAUGGGAGACCGUUGCAUUAUAAGGGCACGAGAUUUCAUAAAGCUGUCACGCAGUUUAUGAUUCAAGGCGGCGAUAUCACAUGCGAUGACGGUAGUGGCGGAGAAAGUAUAUAUGGGCCUAUGUUUGAAGAUGAAAACUUUCGAUUAAAGCACGAUCCCGGGGUACUGAGCAUGGCGAACAGCGGUCGCCCAGAUACGAAUGGAUCUCAGUUCUGUAUAACGACAGUGCCGUGUUCGCAUCUUGAUGGGACCAACGUUGUGUUCGGGGAGGUGUUGGCCGGGCUCGGCAUCGUCCGCGAGAUACAGAAGUACGGCGAGGGAGAACUAUGCCGCCCCACGGUGGCAUGCGUAAUCGAAGAUUGCGGUGAAGUGUUCACCAAUGACUGGGACGUGAACUGUCGCGACGGGACCGCUGACAAACUACCCGAAUACCCAGAGGAUUACUUGGAUGAAAAUGUUACUGUAGAACAAUUAGUCUCAUCGAUACGUGAAGUGAAGAGUGCAGGAAACCAUCACUUCGGCGAGGGACGGUAUAAGGCAGCCGCUAGGAAGUACCGCAAGUGCCUCAGAUAUUUGGACCACGCCUUUUAUAGGAUAGAAGAAGUUAAGGAUGUCGAUAUAAGGGAACAAUUACAAGAUAUUAAAACGACAUACGUGUUACAAUGUUACCUGAAUUUGGCGGCGUGCUACAUGAAGUUGGAAGAUUUCAGAUCAAGUGUUCAUUUCUGCUCAUCGGUACUAGAAUUGGAUCCACGUAAUGAAAAAGCUCUAUACAGGCGCGGUCAAGCGAAUUUCGCCCUUAAGAACUACGACGACGCUCUCAUGGACUUGAAACAAGCGGACAAAGUGUCCCCCAACAACAAGGCAGUGCAUAAACUAUUAGAUGAAGUAAGGUUAACAAAUAAGAGUUAUAAUGACGUACAGAAGCAGCGACUAUCAAAAUUUUUUCGUGAGCAAAAAGAGACGUUUAUCGAGAUCGCAGAUCACUGAGCUAAGACUGACGGUAGUUAUACGUAGGGUUAUGUAGACGUUUUUAUAACGCUUUGAACGGUCGCCAUCCGCGUUGUCAGAUGUAUACAGUAGUCGGUGCAGCCAAUGUAACUUGACACGUCCGAAAACAAUUCAAUGUUAGUUCAAGCGAGAUGCAAGUACAUGCUAAUGGUGUGUCAGACAGUGAAAACGAUUCACAGAUAUUUUGAGAUGUGCCAAGUUACGUCGGUCGACUUGAAAGUGCUUUAAGUUUUGUGAGAUUAACAAUAUAGAACAAUGUAGGAAAUUUAGUUGCAAAAGCGCCUUUAUUACAAAACGGUAAGGUUGGCUUUAAUAUUCGUUAUUAAAUCGAGAUGAAUUAAAGUAGUAUUUUCUAACAUCUUGUUCGUUUGCUUGUAUCCUAUUUUAACACGAACAAUUCAACAGUUCCUGAUGGAAUAUAGCACGCUAGUGGUCUACGUUAACAUUUUUUUUAGUAUAAUCCGCGUUUAUUAAUUAAAUAAUAAAAACUCAUGUUUAGAUCUUACCACUUCGCGCAAAAAUUCUCAUCAAUGGAUUCUAUUAAAGUUGGGCACUAAUUUUUUUACAAACACUAUUAUUUAAUAAAGAAAAAUGAACUCAAUAAAAUAAGGAUUCCUGUAAAUUAUUGAAAUCGCAAUCGUUAUGUAAGAAUUAGGUAUUAUGAUGACAAGUUUUUUCUAAUUUAUAACAUCGGUUUGCUAGUACAUUUUUGUACAUCAACAUGACAAUAAAUAUUUGCGUUUUGCUGCAAUCGUUUGUGCAAUAAUUUUAAUUAUUAUCGAUAUUGUCACGUUUAUGCUUGCUCUGGCAACACUGGAGUCGUUUCCGUUUCGUCCGUUCAAGAGUAUUUAGGGAAUGUAGAUAGCUAAAAAAUGUUGCCACAUAAGGCAAAUUAUAGCGUAUUAUAAAAAUGCCGAAGUUUCAACUGUGUAUAUUUUUACUGGAUAAUUAAUUAUUCCAUAGUAUGUAGUGAUAUUUUUUAUGUAAAAUGAACUGAAAUACAACCAUUACGUUAAGCUCUCAUAGUUAUGAUACUGUAAUAUUCUUGUUUUAACCAUUAAUGGGUAAAAAAAUAUGAUAACUACGGAAGAAAAUCGUAUUAAUUUGGUCUCCUUCUAGAUUAUUUUAAAUUAAAGAAUCACAAAUAGAAUGAGGUUUUAUCGCUACUCUAAAUAUUGUGCAGGUUCGCUUUAAGUGACAUACAAAAUAUGUGUUACUGUCUGUGCUAUUUACGCCCAGAUUAUACAAUAAUAAUGAAUUGUUGAUGAUAGGAGUAGUCCAGAUAUAACGUAAGCGCUGAGGACGAAGAUUUUAAAUAAAUUUGUUCAACGUAUGUUUUAAACGCGCCUUCAUGUUAGUUUUGAUAAUUUUUCAACACUUUUAAAUUAACAUUUUUUAUUAAUAUGUUAUGUAACAUAAUUUUGAUAAUAAUAGCCCCUAGCUUAUCUCUUUAAACUUUCUUUAUUUAUAUUAGACGUUUUAGUAAUUACACAUCAGAGAAAAAUACUCAACUCAUUCAAAGUUUCUGGACACCGAAAA